CGGUCUCGAAGGCGCGCAAAUAUUGGCCCCGUUUAGAUCGAGAAACCUAGGUUGCAACCGAACAGGGCAAAGAUCAGCCAAUAGUACGAUGCAGUCUUUGGGUCUAGACGCGGCCGAGAUGAUUCAAGCGCUGCUUUAUAUGGAGACAUUGUUGGACGCGACACGCCAUGCCAGGCCCAAACUCUGCUUGUCCCCAUCGCCCGGGGCCGCUGGAGACCUUCGCUAACCUGACCUCUUCAUCCUCAUGGACGCCCCUUGAUGCGCUUGUUUCUCUGUUGUGUUCGCCCGAGGAGUCAAGUUGGAGAGACAGCUACGACGCACGGCGGCGACACUGGCAGCGUGCCCGUCCAAGAGCCCACGCCCACGCCCACGCCGACGCCGACGCCCACGCCUACGCCGACGCCCACACCCACCACGUCCCACGAGCCUCGGCCAGGCCAGGAUAAUACUAAUACCAAUAGAGACACCAAUAGAGACGGGCAAGAGAACCCGGCCCCAGCACUGCCCACGAUGGAUAUCCAAGACCCAGCGCCAGCGCCAGCACCAGCGCCAGCACGCAAUCUUCCCAUCCUCCAUGUCGUCUACGCCGGCCGCGGCGACUCGUUCUAUGUCGAGUACCAGCCCACCGGAGGAGCCGAGAGCAAGCUCUUUGUCGUCGACGGCGGACCCAGGGGCUAUGGAGGCGCUGCCACAAAAGCCGGCGAGGGGAAGAAGAAGAAGAAAGGACCCGGCAAUUUCCUCGGCGUCGGCAAGACGACCCGCGCCCGCCCCUACUGGCGCAUGUUUUUCUCGGCCGGCAAGCAGAUCUGGUACGACGACAUGGGCCGCCUUGCCACCUCCAAGUUCCAGCUCGACGCCAUGUUGAACACGCACCUGCACGAAGAUCACGUCGAAGGCAUGAUCGACAUGGUCACCAUGGUCCCGUCCGAAUUCCUGGGCCUCGAUACGGGCUUUAUCGUGCCCGCUCUCGACAAGUCCCAGGCCUCCAACAUCAAGAGGUUGUGGAAUUCCAUCUGUGCCGGAACUCCAGGCCUCACGCUUCCGCCGACGCCCCAAAUCCCAGGCGCCUCCAUCACGACAUGGGACCGUUCAUUGUUUGGCGGCGGCACCAUCGAGUACCCGCCUAGAGCGAGGCCCCAGGUCAGGGUCAACACCGACUAUCCCGACGUCGUCCUCCCAAACGAUACCCCGCUGAGCGACGAGGUCGUAGAGGUGGCCGACCCUCGCGACAAGCCUCCCCUCAUCUGCCUCAGACGGCCAGAAGACAUCGGGAACAAUCCUCAAGCCCUGGCCGAGGCCGUCUUGGUUCGUCAAAUCCAACAGACCAAGGACUAUCUCAAGGCGCUCGGCAGCUACGUGGGCACCAAGGACAGCAAGGACCCCAACCUGACCUCUCUCCUAGUCCACGUGCCGGCUGCUGCAGGAAACGUCAAUGGGGGCAUAUACCUGACUGGCGACAACACGGGCAAUGUCAUCCACCAAUUCAUGAGAAACGACCAAAACGGCAUCAACCUGCCCCGCCACUUCAGCAUCUACAAGCUCCAGCAUCACGGGAGCCAUCACGAUGCGCAGUAUUAUGUCGAAACCCAAUCUGCAAAAGACAAGGUCGACGACGGAGUCAUGGGGCAAAUCGUCCUGCUGAUGACUUUGCUGGCGGCCAGGGUGAAUGUAGGCCCAAAUGGCGUAUCCAAGGAAAAGAGAAGAGAGCUGCUCGGCGGCAGAGCCAUCGCCCUACUUGCAGGCAAGGCUGUCAAGGGCUUCAGCGAUGACGACAUGGAAGACGAUGACGAGCAAGGCCAGGGUAACGCAGGCAACGGGAAUGCAGGCGGCAACGGAAAUGCCGGCGGCGGCAUCGAUCAAGAAGAUAGUAGCGACGAAGACGGUGACAACGACAACGACAACGGCGACGGCGACAACGACAACCCGGACGAUGGGCAGAGCAGCGAUGACGACGCGGCUGGCGGCGCUCAGGGGAACCAGCCCAAUGACGGUCCCGCCCUCCAGGUCGAGAGAUCCAAGGCAUGGGAAGGAUGCAGGCUCCUGGUCGACCAGAUCAAAACCAUGACGGCAGAUGAGGGUGUAUACGUCGACAUGGGGCCAGAUGACGACUGGACUCCCGUCUUCGCGGUAGUGGUGAACGAGCUCGUCAGAAGAUAUGAGGCGUUUAAAACGGGCGCCAUUGCCGGGGAAAAGCUCGAGGAGGGAGACGCCAUCUCGGAACCGAACGACCCCAGCGCCCGCCUGCUGGAUCCCUCCCUAGUUUGGGCGACGCUGGUCGGCCGGAUUUACGACUGGGGCGGACUCGAGAAGGAUCCGAAGCGGAAGAUGUUUUGGCACGACAAGUCUUAUGUGACGGCCCGUAGCAGCGGCCGAAAGAAGGUGGUGGCGGAGAAGCGCGAAGAGCAGAAAGACAUGGACCUUUACCUGGGAAGAAAGAAGAGACAUGACGAAACGCAGGAGGGAAAGGACGUGCCAGCCAACGCCAAGACCAAGGCGUGGUGGGAAUUAUCGGACGCGGAGGACGAUGAGGACAAGGAGGGCGAAGACGUGGUAGACGACAACAUCACAAAGUCCAAGGUUCGACAAAAGGCCCAACAAAAGACGGCAGUCAAGACGCAGCAGGCGGCCAUUCUCCACGGCGAUUUCCUCGAGUGGUGGCAGCUAUGGUGGACCGGCAAGCAGGCGACGGACCGCUCGGGCAUCUGGUUCAGACGCUUCGACGGAUAUACGCGGCUCCAGAACAUCAAGGCCUUCUUCCGCUCCUUUUCAGCAGAUGCCUACGUGGCUAGCGCAAACUACCAGAGCUGGCGGUCGCAUCCUCACCCACACCCAGAGACGCUCGCCGGUCUUGCAGCGGCGCUGAAGGCCGACCAGCGCAGUGCCACAGUCUACAUUACCAACCCAUCGAGUUUCAAGAAGCGCCAGUUUGAAGACUGUUGCCGGCUCCUCAACGAGGACCCGGACGACCUGCUCAGGGACGUGCUGUUCCUCCGCUACCCCCAGAUCCGCCACAUGAUGAGUCUGACGGGCAAUCCGCAGAUUCCGAACGACGUGUACCGAGAUGUGCCCCGGAAUGGUCUUCUCUACGGCACUCUAAGAGCCCCGGGCGGGAGCUUUGCACAGAACCUGCACGAUGUCUACCGCGACGAUCCCAACCGCUGCACUCUGAGUAUCAACGACAAGCAGCUGCCGGCCAACGUCGCCGACACAUUCGAGGAGUGGAUAAAGAAACGCCACGAGAGGCUGGAAAAGAACGGCGCGUGGGAUGCCCUGUUGCCCUCGAUCGCCACCAUGUACCACAUCAGGCGGUCCGACCUCCCCACGUCGUGCCUCAACGUGCCGCCCCCUGAUGCGAACCAGCCUGCUGGGCCUGUGCGGCCAGUAGUAGGCCCGGAGCCGGUCCGCGUUCGCGAGCCGUGGGAAGGCGAGGACGUCGAGGACAGAAACCUGCUCUUUCUCAGCGCCGGCGCCGAUUCGACCGACCGCCUGACCGUCCGCGUCAAGACGGACUGGGCGAGCGCGGCAGCAGUCCGCAAGUACACCAUCACCUGGUUGGAGCCGGACGUGAACAAUGCCCAACUGAGCGUCGCGUGGGGCAUGUACAUGGUGCCCAAUAUGCUCGGGGUCCUAACGCCGUACAAGGUCGCAGAGGCCGAGGCGCUGCAAUACAAAGCAGUGACGUGGGAAUUCGAGCCCUUUAGAGCUUUGGCGCCGGCUGUCAACCCGCUUGCCAUCAACAACGUGAACAUGAUGAUGAACUUUGCCAAUCUCUCGGUUUCGGCCGACACGGUGGCGCCCAUGAACCGCGUCUAUGCCGUCCCAGACGACGGCUCGUUUGCGGCUACAGCAGCAGACAUGGACGCGGAGGCCACGUCGCAGUCCCAAUCCAACGCGGCCGCCGAAGACCUCGUAGCAGAAACAUCCGCCCUCGUCACGACCGUCUCCGACAUGGACGCCUCUGCCGAAGAACCCGUCGAACUCAUCACCGCUGCCGAAGAACCCGUCGAAUUCAUCACCGCCACCGCCAACGCCACCGCCACCCCUACCCCUAUCACUACCACUACCCCUAUCACUACCACUACCCCUAUCACUACCACUACCCCUGUCACUACCACUACCCCUGUCACUACCACUACCCCUGUCACUACCACUACCCCUACCCCUACCACUAACCCUACCACAACCACAACCACUGACCCUACCACAACCACAACCACAACCACGGACAAGCGCAGCAAGAAACCCCCCAAACAAAACUCAACCCUAGCCAUAAUAAAACACUCGCUCAAGACGGGCAAGAAGACCGACGUGGCCCCGCGCAGCAGCUUCGACCGCUUCUUCGCGGCCGCGCGCCUGGAAAAGAAAGACAUGGCAACCGCCGGCGCGGCGCUCGACGCCAUCCUGUCGGCCGCGUCGUCCAGCGCCGCGGACCUGGACCUCACCGACGCCCACGAGCAGCAGCUGCUGUCGUACGCCGUCGACUACGACGCCGCGCUGCAGAAAUCCUGGAUCAGCUACUCGGACGACGGCAUCGCCGUCACGCCCAACCGCGCGCUGAUGCAGCUGAUCCCGUCCCCCGCGGCGCUGAGCUUGCCGGGGGGGGGGACCGCGAGCCAAGUGACCGACGCCAAGAUGCUGCUCGAGUUCGGCGUCGACCGCAGCCUGCGUGUAGCGCUGGUCGCGGCGACCCGGGAGAAGAAGGGCCGCCUGGAGACGCUGAGCGAGCUGCGCGUCGUCAAGGUGCUCGCCGACGCCGUCGGCCCGGCGCGGCUGGCUAAGGCGCUGAGCGGCAUGGGCGUGCCCGACGACAGGAUGGCGACCCUGACCGUGGUCGACACGCUGGCGCUGCUGCUGGCGAGCGACGCGGCGGCCGCCGAGAUGGUGUUCGAUCGCGUGCCCGUGCCCAUGGUCAUGCUGGAUGGGUUUGCCGACCUCAAGCCCGACUGGCGGCUGUCGGUCGGCGAGGCGCGGUACACGGCUACGGGCCAGGUCUACGUCGAGACGGCGAGGAUUGUCUACGACCUAGGCGGGACGGCCGGGAUCGGCUUCGACAUGGGCGGGUUUGCCGUGAAGCUGAAGGACGUGUGGAUCGACGUGGCCGGGCCGAGAUUCGCAAACGAGACGGUCGUCAUGUAUGCGACUGCUGUCUUCGGCGCGGGCGGUGCUGCGCAGGCCGAGGUGCAGAUGACCAUGGAUAUGUCGGACGUGGACGACGAGGUCUUGGAUGUCACGUUUCUGGUCGGCGGCGCGACGUCGCUGGCCGAUAUCGCCGAGAUGCUGGGGAGAGGGAAAGGGGGGGCGCAGAUGGGGGACAGCCCGGUGCCGUUCAGUGGCGGGAGCGGAAAGCAGGACGUCGGCCCCGAGAAGCUGCCCCUGACGCCAGGGUCGCUGGGGUUCGUCGUCCGACAGCACCCCGUGUCGUACGCGGCUGGCCGCUACACGCUGGACCGGGUCUUCAUGGCCGCAGAUCUCCAGGGGUGGCGGGAGUUUCUUCCCGCCGGGUUUCCAAAGGCUAUCAAGAACAUCACCGUCCAGGUUGACGUGGCAUCGCCCUUCGACUCGCAUCAGCGCCGCGUGCGGACCGAUGUCGUAUUCGACCUCGAGCUGACCGUCGCCGACCAGACGGUCCGCCACGUCGGGGCUUCGUUGUCUGCUAUUCCGCUCGUCUACCGCGGCGACUACGAGUACCGCCUCGACAUCGACGCUAGCUCCACGGGCUUGUCGCUCGCCGAGAUUACCGAGGUUGUCGGUCUCGACAAGGUGGUCUCGGGGGUGACGGAAAAUAUACCCUUCAUCGCAGCCGCGCUCGAGGCGGUAUAUGUGCGGCACGUCUCGGCCGGGCUGGUCCGCGAGGGCGGGAGCUGGUCGUUUGGCGACUGGAGCAUCGAUGUCUGGCUGCCGAGGCUCGAACUGCUCCCAGGCGUGGUCCUGGACGAUCUCGAGAUCUCGCUGCGCAAAAUCACCAUGCUUGAGGUGUUUGUCGAGGCUGCCAUCAACCUCCCCAGCCCUGCGGACACCAUUUGGGUGUCUCUGCAGAGCCCAACCACGACGCAGGGCGGCCAGCUCCGGCUCGAUGUGCCCGGCGGGGUCUCGGUCCAGAAGGUCCUUGAUGCGUUCAAGCUGGGUAAUUUCGACCACGUGCCGCUGGUCGGCCAAGUUCUUCGCACCGAGCUCAUAUCGAUGGAGAUGUCGACGAGCGUGUCGGAACCGGGCAGGCCGCUGUCUGUGGACGGCUUUGCCAUCAAGCUGCGUCACCCGCUCAUCAAGAUUGGGCCGCUCGAGUUUGAGGAUGUCACGUUUCACUUCGACAUGUAUCUUCCGGCGAUACCCGACGAGGACGGAGGCGGCGAGAUUGUGCCCGGAGUGUUUGAGAAGACCCUCUUCCUGGCGACAAACCUGUUUGGCGGCGAUCUGACAGCGACCGUCACCUACAGAAGCGACAUCGCCAGGCUGGCUGCUGCGCUGAAGCCAGUGAACAAGGUCACGAUCGGUAGGAUGCUGCAGGCCUGCCUGCCGGACGCUUUCCCUGGGUUAGCUGUGUUGGAGCCUGUCGCGGACGACCUGCAGCUCAAGGGCUCGAGCAUCGAAUUCUCCACGGCCGGGGGGCUGAGCAUUCGCCAUUUCGACUUUCACGUUGCCGACGAGACGACGCUUGAAGUGCAGAGGCUGGUUCUCCGACAGGUCGUGGUCGUCUAUGACGUGGCCGAGAGCAGCGGAGCCCCGGCUCUCGAGGGACCGGACGGACCGGACGGACCGGACGGAACUGAAGGGGGCGACCACGGCGUGUCAUUGUCGUCAAAACUGGACAUUCUCGCCAUCAUCGAGAAGAAUCCCGUCAGCGCCAGGAUCGUCAUCCGCUCUAUCACGAAGCCAGACAACAAGACCCUCGCCAUGGGCAUCUACCCCGCGGGAACUAACAGCCUAACCAUGAGCCGCCUGUUGACGUUGUUUGGUUGGAAUAUUCUACAGGUCGACUUUGCUCACCCCGAGGCGUAUCCCAGAGUCUUUGACGUUGCCAUCGACGCCGUCGAGGGCGAACUGACUCGCGACGAUGACGAGCAGCAGCAGCAGCCAGAAGGUCAAGUCGCCAGCAAGAAGAAGAGCAUGUCCCUCAAAAAGUUCCGCAUUGCCGCCCACACCACCGAGUCCAUUCCGGUCCUGGGCACAAACCCUGGAAUCGAGAUUCUCGAAAUCGGCCUCGAUCUUACAUACGAUGUCGCGAAGAAGACGGCGCCUGCCGACCCUGCCGCAGAGGCUCCCAAGUCUGGCCUCGGCGGCAUCCUGUAUGGCAAACUCAAGAUUGGCAAAGUGUACCUCGACGUGGCCUACGUCAUGGACAAGACGGGCGAGAAGGUCUUUUACGCUCAGGCCAAUCUCUCCGAGGUCCUUGGCCUGCCGCAGAACGAGGCUGCGAGGGACGAGACCAAGGAGGAUGCUCCCGGCGGCCUCGACCUGUUCGCCCUAGCCGAGGCAACCUCCAUGUCCCGCACCUCGGUGUCUCUGCUUGAGAUCAACGACAAGAAGACCAUGACUCCCACCAUGAUCGCGCCGGCCACCAUCGGCGCUCGUGUGCGCCUGAUCCCGACCAGCAAGGUCGAAGUCUGGGCCUCUGGAGACAGACUGUGGCGGGGCGACGUGUGCGGCGUCCAGGUCGAGCUCGAAAACAUCCUAGCCUUGUUCCGCUACACGCAGGGCGCAUUCCGAGGCAGCUCGCAGGACCGCGACCCGGCCGUGUUUGAGGGAUACCUUCGGGGCAAGUUCGAGUUCAAGGGGUACACGACCGCGGCAAGCGCCGAGGCGCAGCUGUCCAUCGGCCCGAAACGCAAUGCCACCUUCACUGCCCUGCUGGAGAGCGGAAACGGCGAUGCGAAGGUGUUUGAGCAGGUGGCAGACGAUGUCGCCGCGUCUGACACGGGAGCGAGUGCCUGGAAGGACUUGGUUCCCGCGUUUAGCGAUCCCAUGGCACUCGAGCAGGGGUCGAAACUAUUCCUCUUUGCCGACUUCAAGAGCAAGAAGCUCUUGCUCACAGCCGCGAUCCAGGGAUUCGGGUCUGCUCUGCUGCUCGGCCAGGAGGUGCCGGCCGAGACGGAAGGCGGAGCUCCUGCGAGGAAAUACAUCGUCUUCCUCGAGGUGCGAGAUCUGGCCAAGCUGUGGGCCAGUACCAAGGACGACGUCACGGACCAAUUCAACAUCUCGAGGGUUGCCGUCCAAGUCGUCGGCUACAAGACCACCCUGAAGCAGCUGAGAGAGGACAUCACAGUGGCGGAUACCAGUAUCGAACAAGGAAAGGAUGCUGCUGCAGGCGGUGACACUUCUGCAGGCGGUGACACUGCUGCAGGCGGUGACACUGCUGCAGGCAAUGACACUGCUGCAGGCAAUGACACUGCUGCAGGCAAUGACACUGCUGCAGGCGGUGACACUGCUCUCCGUGCAACUCUCGAUCCCCUGACCGCCGAACCUGCCAGGAUGGCCAAGGAGCUCUUUGCGAACAUGCCCGAGACCAUGGUUCUCCAACCCGGUGCAUGGUUCAUUGCAGACAUCAGCCUGGGACGGCAGAAUAGCAAGAGCAUGACGAGCGUCGUUGCGCUGGAUGCGUCGAAUGCUAGUGCCGACACGCCGCCAACCGUUCGUCUUUACGCUCGCGUCGUCAAAAAGCCACAAGGAGCCGCCCCAGGGCAGGUGGAGGGGGAGCAAACCGAGUACGGCAUCGACAUUCGCAACCUCGAGAUCUUUGGCGGCAUCGCGACGCUCGAUGGGCUUGGGAAAUACCUUCCUUCGAAACAGGAACUCGACAUUGCCGCGCAGCUACGCCUCCAGCUUUCGGAUGCCGCAGGUGAUGCCGCAGAUGGUGACUUGUUGGUUUUCGACGUGGCUCUGAAGAUGAACAAGAAGACAACAUCCUUUGAGGUCGGCACCGAAACAACAUCCAGCCAGAGCAUCGCCAACCCCUUCGGCGGCGGCAUGUUCAAUGUCAAGCUAGAAGGGCUCAAGAUUAAAGGGUCUUCGACCAGGGUGGACGGGGGCAUCAAGCGCGAGUGCACCAUCUACGGUGCGGCAUUGCUCGGCUCAGACGGUGACAGCAAAGCCCGCCUCCUCGGCUUGAUUCACUUUGAGGGCGGAAAGCCUGUUGUUGCCGUGGUCGAGUUCACGCGCAAGGUCGUGUCUAGGAGCCCACCCCCUGACGACGGGUCCCUAGUUCUCACCGAGACGCAAACUGGCACCGUCAGUAUGACCGACAUUUACUCGGACCUCCUCCAGCCCAACGUCGGCGCUGACGACUCUCGUGGCUCCUGGCCCGACGACUGCGACGACUUCCAGCUCAAGGAGGCGUAUAUGAGCUACAACAGGACCAGCGCAACGGUGGCCGUCGGACAGCGAGCGUACGAUCCCGGAUUCUACAUGUACGGAUCGUUUGACAUCUUCCGGCAGCCUAUCUCUUGCUCGCUCAGGAUCAAGGAAAGACGUCAGGGCUUUGUGCUCAAGGGCAGCUAUGCCAAGACGCUAGAUCUCGGCAUUGUCAAGUUCACGGGGUUCCAGGACUUGGCCAGAGGGAGGAACAUCGAGGGUCUGACAGUAUCGCUCGAGACCACUGACGGGAAACUAGCCUAUGGCGUCGAGAGCGGCUUGACCCUGUUCGAGUUUGACAACAUCUACUUCAGCCUCAAGUACGUGUCUGCCGCAUCCAAGUCCGAUCGCAAGUUUGAAGGGCUGGCGGCGUACAAGGGCGAGAUCCUCGGAGUCCAGGAUCCCGAGGUGCACUUCGCCCACCAGGACGGUAGGUGGAGCUUUUCGGGGUGGAAGAUCAAGCGCAACGCGUACUGGAACUCGGGGAAGAUGCCGUCCCUUGGCGAUUUUUCGAAACUGCUGCAAGGCGACGACGUCGACAACGUGCCCAUCGACGUGGACAAGGCCGUGCAGCUCGGCUCCCGGGACGAUAGCAAGAAGACGUGCGGCGAGCUCGUCAAAUUCGCCAUUGGCGAAUUGGUCAAGAUGCAGUUCGAAUUCGAGCUCGCGCUGCCGGCCACGGACCAGGACGACAUGCAGAACCGGACUGGCGAGACGAAGGGGUUCCGGUUCGUCGUCAAGUGGUCGUACAGCAUCACCGUCAACGAGAGCUUGACCGGAAAGGACCACGUCAUCGGCACCAAUCUGCACCUGCAGGACUUUGAGUUUGUCUUGCCCUUUGAGGGAUUCAAGCCCACCUUCGGCGGACUUUUGUUGUAUCUCUGGAAUAAGGUGCUCAGCCCCGAAAACCUCGCCGAGAUUGGCAAGAAGCUGCUCGAGCCCGAGGUGCUGGGCAAGUUGACAGGUGUGAUGGUUCUCGAGAAUCUGGUCCCCAAGCUGAUCGAGAAGCUGGUUUGCCGUGAGCCCAAGGACGCCGAGAAACUCAAGGAGCGGGCCAAGAAGCUGCACGAGGAAGAGACACAAGACAAGAAGGACGACUUGGAUGACGGCCAAAAGGACCUGGACGACACGAAGGACAAGGCCGAUGGCAAGGAGCCAGAGAACCCAGACCCGAACCCGAACCCGAACCCAACCUCGGAACCGGGAGGACCCAGUGGUCCUAGCGGACCAAGUCUCCCGGUCCCUCCAGUUCCGCCGAUUCCCAUCCCGAUUCCCAUCCCUUCCAUCCCGUCGCUCCCGUCAGGCCCGUCUAGCCCAACCAGUUCUAGUCCGACGAGCCCUACGAGCCCAACCAGUCCUGCCAGUCCGACGAGCCCGACGAGUCCCACAGGUCCAGAGCCAGCUCCCGACCCGUCUCCAGUCCCAGCUCCCGACCCGUCUCCUCCAGUCCCAACUCCUGAUCCUUCCAUCCCCGUCCCGGGGCCUGGUCCAUCCAUCCCGACGCCUGGCCCCGGCCCUGGCCCCAGUGUGCCAGUUCCAACACCCGACCCAUCGAUUCCAGUGCCGACACCCGACCCAUCGAUUCCAGUGCCGACACCAGGACCAUCGGUCCCUGUACCAACGCCAGACCCAAGCAUACCGGUGCCUACGCCCGGUCCCAGUAUCCCAGUGCCCACGCCAGACCCCGGUCUCCCCACGCCUACGCCCGGUCCCGGCAUACCGGUGCCUACGCCAGAUCCAGGUAUUCCUACACCAACGCCUGGCCCAAGCAUCCCGGUCCCGACGCCAGACCCAGGCAUUCCGACCCCCACGCCCGGUCCGGCAAUCCCGGUACCCACACCUGAUCCAGGUAUUCCCACGCCAACGCCAGACCCGGGGAUUCCCACGCCAACUCCCGGCCCAGCAACCCCCGUGCCCACGCCAGACCCAGGCCCUUCGGUUCCAGGCGAGCCCGGCACGGGCACAGAUCCCUCGGCGAGCCCCGAACCCACGCCAUCCGCAUCCCCCGAGCCAAGCAGACCGUCAUCGCCCGAGCCGCAGCCCCAGCCGCAGCCCCAGCCCGAGCCCCCGCAGCCGCCGAGGCCAGACUACGGCACCUACAGCCUGCUGGCCGUCAUCUCGCUCUACGUCGCCGCCGUGCGCAAGAUCGAAGCCGUCACCCCCGAGGACGUGCGGUCCGGCCGGCUGGGCUUCGUGCUUUCCAAGUGGGCCGAGGCCGGCGGCGACGCGGCUGCGGCCGUCGAGCAGCGGUACCAGGAGGUCCUGGCCAUGAUGCUGAAGGCGCAGCAGGCGAAACAAGAGACCAAGCGCGCCAUCCAGCGGAGGAUGAACCUGCGGGAUGCUGACGAGGAUUUCGACAGCGGCGUUACCGCGGCAUUCGUGGAGCCGGUCCCUGAGGGCGGUGGUGGAGAGGACGGAGACGAGUUUAUCGAUGUCGACCUGAGUGCCGUGUUGCCCCUUCCGAAAUGGGUGCACGAGAGUGACUACGCCGGCGUCGAGUGGCAGGUUUGGUUGGCGGCCGAGAGGGCGGCGAGGCCGCCAGAGGUGGAGAGCAGCGACGAGUUUUUCGUCUUCGGCGGAAAGGAACGAGUCCUGAGGUGCCCGAGCGGCGACUUUAGGUAUCGCGAGGCCGCCUACGUCUGGGUCAGGAUGUACGCCAGGGAUGGGGAAUUCGAGUUCGCAGCCAACGUGUGGGCACGCACGGCGGCGGGACACGUGCCGUGGCUGCGGCCCCCGCGCGGCGUGCAGCUGGGCGUCACGCCGCUGGGAGACGCGGCUGUCGUCGAAGUGCCGCCGGUGGACGAGCUCGCGAGCGACUGGGACGUGGCCCUCGUCCGGCCGGGCAGCGGCGGCAAGGAGGUGCUGUGCCGCGGCGACUUUUCCGUAGCCGACACGACGGGCCCGGGCAAGUUCGUCGUCACGGCCGAAUGCUUCGGGUAUAACGCUGCCUGGCCGGCGGCUGUGGUGGCGGCGCGCGUGCGGCAGCGGCCGUGGGACGACAAAGUGCGUCAUGCCAGCGUGCCGGUCGAGUCGUUCCAGAACUUGGCCGUCAUUGCCGCGCCGGCCGACGUGCAGGCGCGGAUGAGCGGGUCGAGUGUCGUGGUGUCGUGGACCGGCGCUGAUUCGGUGGACAUUCGUAUGUCCCAUGAGGAGACGAAGCGGGCUGUGGGCUACGGCAUGACGGCGCCGCCCGUCGUGGACGCGCAGGGCCGGUAUUCCAUGGCGGUCGUGCCGGUGGAUGUCGUCGAGGGCGAGGUCGUUUCGGUAGUCGUGAGCGCGACGUCGAGCUCGGCUGCGCCGUCGGUGUGUUUGCUGGCCAGGGCGAGCGUGACGGUGGCGUAUCCGCUUGAGCUGGUGAUUGCGGACGAGUCCAACUUGGAUCUCGAGCGGAACGUGGUGACGUUGGUGGUCGAGGGCAAUAAGCCUUUGAGCAAGAGUCUGGCGUGGAAACUGGGCACGAUUCCUGCGGGCAAUGUAAACGGGCUUGCCCCUGACGCUCAGCUCAGAGACGUCGUGCCGCGUGCUGUCCAUGACAGGCGGGCGGUGCUGCGAACGAGCGUACCGGCCGAGACACUGGAGAGUGGUGCAAGGAUUAUGGUGCGCGCAGGUUCUUCUGACUCGGCGCCCUGGGCCUUGCCGUUCGCCGCUGCUGGUGGUGUCGGCAUUGGACAAGUCAGCUGCGUCUUUGAAGGGGCGUCGGCCGUGGUGGUGUCCUGGAACCAGGGCAGACAAAGCGUCGACGUCGCCUUGACGCUGCUCUGCGAGACGGCGCCGUUCAGCAUGCUGGAACAGACAGUGUCGAGCACGUUCAAGAAGUGCAGGUUUGAGUUGAGCACGGUGCCGCUGGCAGGAACCGUGCUAGUGUGUUUUUAUGUGGUCAAGAUGGCCCAGGUUACGGGGAAGCGGGCCCGGUUAGAGGUUACCGUCCCCGGUGCCUAGUUUGGCUGGACGAAUGUUGUUUGCUUUGUCUCUUCUACCGGUGCUAAGCCAAAUUCCUUCUAAUUUUGGAAAGCUUUGAUCUCUCGUUAGCUCCUUGGUGUUCUAAUUAAUAACGGGGCGUGGAGCCUGUGGCAAUGGCUGUGAAUGGGAAAUGUUUAGGCUUGUGUGUACGUUUGCUAGAUCUGUCUCUACACUUUCCAAAUCCUGGAAGCUCAAAUCCAAUCUCGAUACCAAUAGAAUAACUAACAGGUGUCUUGCACCUCGC